UUUCGCAUGAUGGAGACUGAUGGAAUUAACAUGCUGACGCUUUGUUUUAUGGACAACACUCCAUUGGAUCUGCAGGAGAGACCAAUAGAUUGUCACCAGAACUACAGGGUGUCCCUAAAAGUUGUUGAGGUCACAGAGCAUGGGCGAGAUGACCUGUCGUGGUAUUGCCAAAAUUCUAUCUGCCGAAGUGGAGGAGACGCAGUUGUGAUGGCUCGGUCUCAGGCCCAGGACGCCAUUCGAUGUCAGUACUGUGAGGAGGAACCGGCUCUAUUCCACUGUGUUCCCUGUGGAGAUGAACUUUGUCCUCGCUGUAAAACCUUUCACCUUAAAAGCAAGGUUCCCUCGGGACACAACAUCAUCCCUAUUUCCGAGAGACUCCACCCCACAGACAUGGUCAGAAUGUGUGAAAGUCACCCGUCCAAAUCAUAUGAUGCUUCCUGUGAAGACUGUCAAGUACCGGUCUGUAUUUUGUGCAUUCAAGAAAUUCACAAUAAACAUGAUAUCGGGAAAAUGCAGGAUAUGUACGAGAAACAAAAGGCCAUAGCCAUAACAGAACUGUCUGAAAUGAAAACACAAAAGAGGACAGAUGUCAUACAAAGAAUUAAAGAUGUCGAAAAUGGAGAAUUACGGAUAAAUACUUGCCAUGAAGAUAUGGAGAAAGCGAUGAAGAAACAAGCCAAGGAUUUUAUAGAUCAUAUCAGCGCCAUUUUGAAUGAAGCUCUAGAUGAGUCUAAGUCAGACAAAAUGAAAAAUCUCAACAAAUUAUUACAACAUAAAGCCGAGUUAGAAGAAUAUAAACAGAACCUAGAACAUGUCAUUGAGAAACUAGAAGACCUUACAGAGUCAAGUCCUCCUGCUGACCUCAUCCUGUACCGGAAACAAAACCCUGAUGUGGUCAAGCAGUUAAAAUCUCCAGACAAAAUUGUAACUACUGAUCCCACGUUCACGACCGGCCAGUUUGACAAAACUCGGAACCAGAAACAGUUUGGACAAAUGACCAAAAGUCAGCUUACGCAAGUGAAGGCAGAUGAUAAGAUACAAGACACACAGACAAAAAAGAAGGAUAUCCCAGAUACCCAAAAGUUACCAGUGAAGUAAGAUGAAGAAAUAGGU